UGGACAGGCAAUGGUCUUUACUCGCCUUAAUGUUGGUCACAUUAGUUUGCCUCGACGGAUCGUCCAUUGUCCAGGCUGCCUCCGAUAUUGCCGAUAAGGGUCUUAUCUCGUUUCAGUCGAAAUGCAACUGCUCGUUGUCCAUGUCCUGCUCCUGCUGCCAGAGUGCUGUGGUGAACGCAAUGAACUUAACCAAAUCGGUCUGUGUCACAUUCAAAAUAAAUCUACUCAAGGCCUCGGUGGAUGUCAGUGUUUCCUUGGAUGGCAAUUCGGUGAGCAAGUUCACCCUCGACACCAAAACUCCGCCCAGUUUCUGCCUGCCGGUGAUAUCGGACAUUACGCCUCUGGCAUUGUGUCUCAAGAUGACCACCAAAAUGUCGGGCUUGACGAACCUGAACAUCUGUCCGAGUUUCUAUAGCAGUUUUGACGCCAACCAGAUCCUGGCCUAUGACUUUAAAUGCAUUAAACUUGGCAUGGAUGGCUUUAGUAUUGUCUAGGAUUGGAAUGAGGUUGGGAAACUGAAAAUCAAAUAGAAAUUGAAUAAACGCAAAUGCAGUUGCUUCGUUUGAA